AUGGGUGAAGCGCAUAAAGAACGCGAUGCGCUCUUAGCGAGUGAUCCACACGUAGCAGUUGUCGCCGUGGAAUAUGGCACACGUCCGCUGGACGCUGUGCCAUCCGUUGUGCAGUCGAUUGGUGACGAUGACAAGAACGUCCAAGCUGACUCGCUGAGAGAAGGGCCACCACCGAAACUGCUAUCUCCUGAGGUCCUGGCAUUGCUGAUGCAAUACGCAGGUAUCGGUUUUGUCAAUGGUGCGUUGCCAGCCGUCAUCUAUCCCGUGCUACAAGGGUACCUCAAUGCCGAAGGCACCAUCAUUGUGUCUGCAACGCUACUGGUGCAGCUACCGUGGUCCUACAAAGUGUUUCUAGGGGUCCUCAGCGAUUGUUUCCCGAUUCAAGGCUUUCGACGUCGACCGUACAUGCUCAUAGGCUGGUCACUCUGCUGCUGCAUGCUGUUCAUGAUGGCGAGUUUCCCCGACACAGCUCCGUUCUACGGCGACCCGAGCAUGCAUUUCACGAAUCCGGACGAGUGGACAGAUACUCAGCAAAAGAGCAUCAAUCCGAACGCACCUGAUGCUGCGGGGAAGUACGUGCUGCCCAUGACGAUGGCUGCGUUCGGGUAUCUGCUGGUCGAGGUCCCUGCAGACGCGGUCACGAUUGAGUACGCCCAGCGCGAACCCAUUGGUUCACGUGGUCGUUUGCAAUCGUGGAUCCACAGUCUUCGCAUGGGCUUCAGCGCUAUCGGAGCCCUUGCCAUUGCCCUCGCGCUCAACGGUGCCGAGUACGGUGGCUCGUUCGACUUUUCGCUCACUUUCGCGCAGGUCAUGUUCGUCAUGGGCUGUGUGUGUCUUCCGCUUGGACCUGCUGCGUGGUUCCUCGUUCAUGAAAACCGGGUCGAGCCGCCCAAGUUUGGCGUGUACAUGGCUCAGUUUUGGCAAGUCCUGCACAAGCGAGCAGUGUACCAAGUCACGGCGUACAAGUUCUUCUCGGGCAUCUUCAACAACUUCAACAUCGUGUCUUCCAGCAACAUCAAGCUCUACUGGGUCCACGCCACGCCUUUCAACGCGAGCGUCAUGGCGAUCGUCGGCACCUUUACGUACGCUGGGACCCUGGCGGUCAUGGCCCAGCGUGGACUGCGGUGGAACUGGCGCAUUGUCAUUGCUGCAAGUGUCCUCUUUGGCGUUGUCACGGACUGCGCAAUGACGAUGCUCGUGACGUGGAACAUCAUCCGCAGCCAAUGGUUUUGGCUCGGGGUGCCCGUCAUUGGCGAAGUGCCACAUGCAGUGCGCUUCAUCGUGAGCAACUACAUUGUUGUCGAGCUCAUUGAAGAAGGCACCGAAGGAGCGUUGUACGGUUUACUGACGACCACGAACCACGUGGCCGCGCCGUUUGGCCGCACGAUCGCCAAGAUCAUUAACGCUCGGUUCCGAGUGUGGAAGGACGACAUUCUGGCCGACACGUACGAAACGCGUCGCAACGUGACGUUGAUGAUUUGGCUGUGCUACGGCAUGAAGGUGGUCUCGCUGCUCUUUCUGCCGCUGCUUCCGAGUCAGCGAGCGUCGACGCAACGCCUGCGUAGCCACGAGCAAGUGAGCAACCGCAAGGGCAUGUACAUGGUGUUGCUGCUGGCAGUGGCGUUGACGUGGUACACAGUGGUCAACGGCCUGAGCAUGAACCCAUCUACUAGAUGCUGGACGGUCACAGGAGGCUGUGCGCCCCGUUUCUGA